AUGCGUGGCACAAACACCGCGCUUGCACCGGUGUACAAUAUGUUGGCCGACGAAGCCCUUUUUGAUCGAGAGCCGGUGAUGAAAACCGGCGCAGGGCCAGUGGAUUUUGGUCUUUGGUUUUUGGGGAACUUUGAGUUUGGGGAGAGUGGCCUCUUUGGUGUCAUUGGAACCAGGAGACCAAGCGAACCGGUGAGCGCAGGCAUUGCAAGUGGUGCGCAAAGUGAGCCCAACUUUGUGGGACUUUUUGACUUGAUUCGUUCGACUCCACUUGCCAAUUGCUUGAAAGAUAUCCGGUACGUCUCCAGCAAGACCUGCAUCCUGAAGAUGGAUCAUCAUUGCCCAUGGAUCUACAAUUGUGUCGGAUUCAGGAAUCACAAGUACUUCUUUCUCUUGCUUCUCUACUCUGCAGCAGCAUGCAACUUCAUUACCAUCUCCAUGAUUCCGACAGUUGAAAGUGCUGUGCAGCAGAACUCUGCUUUUGCCCAGAUGUUUCUGGUUCUCUUCGCGGAAACACUGUCAGCCUUUUUGGGCAUCCUGAUCACCUUUUUCUUCCUCUUUCACAUAUGGCUGAUGUUACAAGCACUGCACUUACGCAUUGCUGCAGAUGGGAGCUGCUUUCAAAAUGAAUUUUGGGAAAUUUUGCUAUCCGGCAAACUCUACAUGGACUCAGGGUGUGCUGUAGGGAAAUCGCAAUUAUGGAGAAGCGGCGGCAAAAAGCCUGUAGGUCGGCAGAACGGAUUCGUUGUAGCUGACUCAAUCAGUCGUCCCAUCAAUCCUCGAACCAUUCAAACCCGAACAAGUUGA